ACUUCCUGGAGGAGCUGAAACACGAGAUUGGAGGUUAAGGAGAGACUGGAUCAUGAAGGACCUUAUCUGGAGCCAACAGUCAGGCCUAAAGACCCUUGCUGGGGCUCCUCUCAGACAUCUGGCUUCCUGGGUUGCUGGUCUUUCAGGGCAGGACUGAGGGGAGCUCAUCUGCCAGAAGAUUUGGGGAGCUGGGGAUCUGUAGCCAAGCCAAGAACCGCCUCUGUGCACAAAGACAACCGCUCUGCUUUCCAUUCUGCUGCCCAAGACAACCACAUCCUCCUCACACACCCCACAGGCUCCCAUGGAGAGCUCAGAUGCAGAAAUGGACCUCCAGAGGAGCGUGCAAGCUGUGCUCCGGGAGCUUAGUGCUCAGGCCCCAGCCCUGCAGAGCAACCAGGGCAUGUGGAGAUGGUCCCUGCACAAGAAGGUAGAGCGAGAUCCCGGGAGGAACCCAGCGCUGGUCCGAAUUCUGCUCCGAGAGCUGGAGAAGGCAGAGAGCGAGGACCUCUGGCACGUGAUCAUUCCCCUGCUGCACACCCUGAUGUACACGCUCACUAAGGCCACAGGCAUCACGGAAGAGCUCUACCGUAAAACCUAUGCCUUCUGCACCAGGUUACUGACCCUGCCCACCCCCUACUGCACCGUCGCUUUGGACUGCGCCAUAAGGCUGAAAACGGAGAUAGCGGUGCCAGGAACGCUGUACCAGAGGACGGUCCUUGCAGAACAGAACUUGAUGAGCGAACUGUAUCCCUACCAGGAGAGAGUGUUCCUCUUCGUGGAUCCCGAGCUGGUGUCUGCCUCGGUGUGCAGUGCCCUGCUGCUGGAGAUCGAGGCUGCCCAGGAGCAGCAGACACCUGAGGCCUGCAUGCGCCACGUGGUCUCCCACGCCCUGCAGGCAGCUCUGGGGGAGGCCUGCCAGCCCGGAGCUCUGCACAGGAAGCUGCAGGCCAGCUCCCGCCGCGUCCUGGAGCACUACUUCCACUCCGUGGUGACUGCGGUGGAGCAGAUGGCAGGCGAGGCCAGCCCGAGCCGCGCCGAACACCUGGAGAGGCUGGAGGAGAUUUACUGCUCGCUGCUGGGGCCGGCGGCGGCCGCGCGGGGGCGCUGCGGCAGUGACCAGGACCGGCCACCAAGCAUCCCCCUGCCCAGUCCCUACAUCACCUUCCACCUGUGGACGGACCAGGAGCAGCUCUGGAAGGAGCUGGUGCUCUUCCUGUGCCCGCAGUCCCAGCUACGUCUCAGUGCUGACUUGGAGGCCUUGGAUCUGCAGGGCCUCGGGCCAGACCGGGACUUGGUCCGUGUGUCCAUGCUGUCCACAGACAGUGGUAUCGAGCGGGACCUUCCUUUGGGGGCCGACGAACUCCUUAACCCCAGCAGCCCUGAGAUGGAGCGGGCUGGGCUGCAGCGCAAAGGGGGAAUCAAGAAGCGUGUGUGGCCCCCAGAUUUCUCCAUGCCUGGCAGCUGGGAUGGGCCCCCGGGGCUCCACCGGAGGACGGGCAGGCCCAGCGGGGAUGGAGAGCUGCUGCCUGGCGUGUCCCGGGUGCACACGGCCCGGGUGCUGGUGCUCGGGGAUGACAGAAUGCUAGGCCGCCUGGCCCAGGCCUACCACAGACUCAGGAAACGGGAGACCCAGAAGUUCUGCCUCACCCCCAGACUCAGCCUGCAACUCUACUACAUCCCAGUGCUGGCACCCCAGGAGCCCACAGGGUCCAGGACACCUGAGCUGGGAGAGCUGGCCACGUUCCUGGGCCGCGCAGAUCCUUGGUACGAGAGUACCGUCAACACCCUGUGUUCCGCCAUCCACAAACUGGCUGAAAUGCCACUCUGUCUGGACACGGCCCGGACUGUGGACCCCUUCAUCCUCGAUGUCAUCACCUACUAUGUCCGCAUGGGCACCCAGCCCAUCUAUUUCCAGAUCUACGUGGUCAAGAUCUUCAGCGACCUGAGCCGGGACUCUACAGAGGACAUUUUCCUUACUGAGCUGAAAGUGAAGAUCCAAGACUCCAAAUCCCCCAAAGAGGGCACUUCACCAAGAAGGCGGGGGGCCACAGAGGGCCCAGGUGCUGAGCUCUCCAUCUGCUACCAGAAGGCUCUGCUCAGCCACCGGCCCCGAGAGGUCACUGUUUCCCUGAGGGCCACUGGGCUGGUCCUGAAGGCCAUUCCCGACAGGGACACUGAAGGGUCCCCCGACUGCCCCCCCGCUGCUGCUCCUGUUAUGGCUCACACGUGUCUGAACGUCAGCGUGACAGAGGUGGUGAAGUCCUCCAACCUGGCGGGAAGGACCUUCUCUACAGUGACAAACACCUUUCGGACCUCCAGCAUCCAGAUCCAGAGCCAAGACCAGAGGCUGCUGAUGCUAUUGCUGGACAAAGAUAAUCGGCGCACUUUCAGAGAUGUGGUCAGAUUUGAAGUGGGCCCCUGCCCAGAGCCAUGUUCCAGGACCCAGAAGCCCAAGAUGUCAUGGACCACUUCACAUGGACAGAAGGAGAUGGAAACAACCCAAGCCACGUCCAAACCCCUUCUAAUGCCCAUCAACACAUUCUCCGGCAUUAUCCAGUGAGCCCACUGGGUAGGCGGGCCCAUGGGCAGCAGGCCCAAGAGGACGGAAAUACUACCCUCAUCAAAGCCCUGACACUCACACUGACAGCCAGAAUAAGCCCAGGUCCACUGGGCGGCUCUGGUUUGGACUAUGAGUCAGUGAGUACCUGGGAGCUGUGAGGGAAAAGGACCCACACUACGGCCAGAAGAUCACUCGGGCAAAGUGGUGACCCCAUGUGGGCAGGCACACAGCCCCGCUCCUCCCAAGAAUGCCCACUCCUACAUUUAUUCUCAACUCCCACUUCUUCUGCCAUCUUGGCCCACUCAAACUCCCCACCCAGCCCUUAAAACCAAGUUCAGAGGUGCUGUGCAGCCUGAGCCCUGUGGCUGAGGGGAAAGUCAGAAGUAAAGACCAUUGCACCUGCUCCCUCCCACCCCAGCCAGGGACUCCCCCAGUGGAAGGGAGAAUGUCAGAGUCAAUAAAUGCACACUAAUGUGUCUCUGUUCUCAUCUAA